AUGCAAGUCAAAACGCAAGCUGUGAAACUGCUGUCGGAAGUGCAGGGGGCCGUAGCCACUGUGGCGGAGGCAGCCGGGCUGAGGCUCGGCUUUCAGAAGCUCGUGCCAGCAAGAUGCGAGAUGCAGGAAGGAAGCCGCAGGAAGCCCUCCACCAGCUCCUUCGCAGACCGAGGGUUUGUGUGCUUCCCCAGGACCAGCGAAAGCUGUACAGAACCGCUUUGCGGCCAGAUGCCAGAGCCCUUCAGGUGCACCGCUGUUACUGCUGUUAACGAUGUGCUGUCUGCUGACACGACAUUCGCUUGUAGCAUGUGCGGGCACCGGCAUUUCUUGAGCUUUCGAUGUGAAAUGGGAAAGAUGCCGCACAAGUAG